UCGAGGGCGGCGCCUGUGCGGAGGUGCUCGCGGGUCUGGCCGCGUCGCGCGCGUGGAUGGAAGUCUCGGCCGCACAUCGCCCCGUCUGUCCGCGCUGGUCCUGCGGGAGCCCGGGAGCCCGGCGGGAGCCCCUCGGUCCGGUCUGGCCCGGCGCAUGGAGCCAUGGCCCUGUUCCGCGGGCGGCGGCGGCGGCGGGACCCGCGCCCGGCACGUCAUCAUCAACGUGGGUGGCUGCCGCGUGCGCCUGGCCUGGGCCGCGCUGGCGCGAUGCCCCCUCGCGCGCCUGGAGCGCCUGCGCGCCUGCCGCGGCCACGACGAGCUGCUGCGCGUGUGCGACGACUACGACGUGAGCCGCGACGAGUUCUUCUUCGACCGCAGCCCGUGCGCCUUCCGCGCCAUCGUGGCGCUGCUGCGCGCGGGGAAGCUGCGGCUGCUGCGGGGCCCGUGCGCGCUGGCCUUCCGCGACGAGCUGGCCUACUGGGGCAUCGACGAGGCGCGCCUGGAGCGCUGCUGCCUGCGCCGCCUGCGCCGCCGAGAGGAGGAGGCGGCCGAAGCGCGCGCGGGGCCGGCGGAGCUCGGGACGCAGGGGAGCCCGGCGCGCGCCCUGGGGCCUCGGGGGCGGCUGCAGCGCGGCCGUCGGCGCCUGCGCGACGUGGUGGACAACCCGCACUCGGGGCUGGCGGGCAAGCUCUUCGCCUGCGUGUCCGUGUCCUUCGUGGCCGUCACGGCCGUGGGCCUCUGCCUGAGCACCAUGCCGGACAUCCGCGCGGAGGAGGAGCGGGGCGAGUGCUCCCCCAAGUGCCGCAGCCUGUUCGUGCUGGAGACCGUGUGCGUGGCCUGGUUCUCCUUCGAGUUCCUGCUACGCUCCCUGCAGGCCGAGAGCAAGUGCGCCUUCCUGCGCGCGCCGCUCAACAUCAUCGACAUCCUGGCGCUCCUGCCGUUCUACGUGUCCCUGCUGCUGGGGCUGGCGGCAGGCCCGGGUGGGACCAAGCUCCUGGAGCGCGCGGGGCUGGUGCUGCGGCUGCUGCGCGCUCUGCGCGUGCUCUACGUGAUGCGCCUGGCGCGCCACUCGCUGGGGCUGCGCUCCCUGGGCCUGACCGUGCGCCGCUGCGCGCGCGAGUUCGGGCUGCUGCUGCUGUUCCUCUGCGUGGCCAUGGCGCUCUUCGCGCCACUGGUGCACCUGGCCGAGCGCGAGCUGGGCGCGCGCCGCGACUUCUCCAGCGUGCCCGCCAGCUACUGGUGGGCCGUCAUCUCCAUGACCACCGUGGGCUACGGCGACAUGGUUCCGCGCAGCCUGCCCGGGCAGGUGGUGGCGCUCAGCAGCAUCCUCAGCGGCAUCCUGCUCAUGGCCUUCCCGGUCACCUCCAUCUUCCACACCUUCUCGCGCUCCUACUCCGAGCUCAAGGAGCAGCAGCAGCGCGCGACCAGCCCCGAGCCAGCCCUGCGGGAGGACAGCACGCGCUCGGCCACGGCCACCGAGGACAGCUCGCAGGGCCCCGACGGCGUGGGCCAGGCCGCCGACUCCGCGGACGCGCUGUGGGUGCGGGCAGAGCGCUGACGCCUGCGCCGCCGGCACGGAGAUCCCCCGCCCCCUCCAGCUGCAGCGUCCGGACCCCCGAGGCGCGCCGAGGGGCGGGGGUCGUCUGGCUCUGGGGAGCGCCUGCGUGAGCAGCCCCGGGGCCUGACUCCCCUGGCGGCGCUGGGCGAAGUCACUGGCCUGUGUCUUCCUGCCCUGCUUCUUUCUUUGGAUUUUUAAUUUUGUAUACCUAGAUAAAAAUAAAUUUAGU